AGUGGUUUAGGUCCUCUGCGUCUCGAUCUUCGGUGUAUGGGAACGCUGCCAACUUGGAUGCAAACACGACAGGACGAGUGCUGGACAUUAUGGUGAUAGGGAUUAUGUUGAUCUAUACGCUCUGAGUAUGUCUAGUAACUUAUAAUACUUACAAAAUGUUUUAAGAGGAAAACUUCAUUCGAAAUUUUUGAAAUUUUUGAAAUGUAGAUGAAGUUUCAUGAAAGUGAGGACGCUACGGGUACGAGAUAUGGCUGGCCAUUGCGUUUUGGUAGGGCAGGACGAAUCCCCAGAGCUUCUUAGCGUGCUGGCAGGAGCAGGACUCGAAUACUUUUCGCAUUGGGAGAGCGGCUUCGAUUAUGACAGGAGUGAAAAUCCUUAGCCCUAAGUCCUUCGUAACAUCUCCUGCAACUUGAACUUUGUUGUCGAUCUAAGUAUGAUGAGAAGCUGCAGUGAAAAAUUGCCAGUGCGAAGGAGGGACUAGAGCUAGAGAUUACAAUUAUGAUUACCACGAAAAAUAGAUGUAGUCGACUGUCGACAGAACCUUGCUUUCGUUAGACUUGUGCCUGAUGAAUGUGAAUGUUCUAAGUCGAUGAAAUAUGUCCUAUUUGGGGCUGCUCUAGUCGAAGGGACGCCAGAGGGCUGAUCGAUACCCAUGUGGAGCAGGGUCGGCCAAGCAUGCGCGGCGUCUCGGGUGUUGCGCUCGAUGGUUGGUUCGGUCUGUGGCGUUCAGUUGCCCACAACAGUUCCAGCUUAAAUCAUUGGUUUCUCAACAAGCAUGUGCGGCCACGCUUGCUUCUCUCGGAACAGGAAAAGACUCAGAAGUUUUCCUCUACUUCUACGUCUACAGCAGGUGGUUGUAAAGAUGAAGUGCAGCAGAUAUCAAUAUCUCUGCGAAGGGACGUCGAGAAUGAAACCAACGUUAAGACCGGCCCGAGAAAGGAUCAAGUGGAUGAGGAAGCUGGUGAUUUGGAGCAAACUGCUGUCACGGUAACUGAGAAGGCUCAGCGCUUGCUGGAAAAUCCUUUGGGCUUCGUCGUCCUGGAUUACGUGGACCAGGAAGUGUGCGGAGCGCUUGUGCAGUUGAACUAUGUGCAUCUGAUUUCUGCUUCGGAGAGAAAGCCUCUACAUGCUGAGUCCUCUUUAAUACCCUUGCCGGGUUCGAAGGAGUAUUUUGUUCUCCAGGGGGACGAAGCUGCUGCAGCUAGAGGUGAUGUGCUUCCUUCCUGGUGUCGGCGGCGUCGAACUUCAUUAGUCGGAGCGAAAAGCUUGCCUGGGAAGGAGGAGCCCACGGUGUCAAUUUUUCGAGUAGGACCAAGCUAUGGGCGAACUGAGAAGACAGUGCUAUUAAAUCCGGUAACAAUUCCUUUUUUUGCCAUGUUUUUCGACGAGUACGGGUUGAAGCCGGGCGCUCACCGGGAAGCCGAACUUCUAGGUCGCCAGUUCAAGGUCGCGCCUUACAAAUCUGAGCAUCCAAAAGAGCAGUUUGCAUGCGCGUUUGCCGGCAUCGUAUGGCACCAAGAUAGUGAUAGUACUGUAUCUGCACCAAAUCAAGCUACUGUAUCUGCACCAAAUCAAACAACCUCCAGCACCACAAGUAGGGCGUUGGCAAGCGAUACAACCACGAGACCACGGCUUCGUGGAGCCUCAUUCCGAAUCUGGAGAAUCGAUAAGCAAGAUGCGGGCUGGGGGAGUGACCUGUGGUUACAGAUUCUUCCCUAGCGUGAAGAGUGUGCUUACAGGCUCUGGCGUCAAACAAUAUUUUAGAGUGAUUUCAAAAUGAUACCUGUCUGGGUAGUAAGAACAGUAACUGUUACUCUUCUC